AUGGCUGGUGUGGCUUCUCGGGCGGCGGGGGCCGAGUUUGCACAGUUUGUCUUCGGCAAAUAUGGAGUCAGAGUUGCCUCUUCUCCCCCUUCUGGGUCAGAUUUCUCGUUGCUAGUGGCAUUUGGCAGAUGUCGCUUUCGUCUAGAGGAGGAAUUUGUGAAGCAAACUCUUCGCUCGAUCCUGGGUAAUACUAAAGAUUCGUUCAAUGCUUGUUUGAUUGAUGAGAGGAUCUUUCUGUUUACUAUUUCUUGCAAGGAGGUUGGGUUUGAAGUUUGCAAAAUCAGAAGCUUUGAAUGUGCGGAUUACAAGCUCUCUUUUCAUCUCUUUAAUGAAGCUGGUCUUGCAAGUGCUAAUGCUUUGGUUUCUGCUUCGGAGAGGCAAUCGUUCCCCUGGAUGGAAGUUGGUCCCAAGCAGAAAGUCUCUUUUGCAGAUAUGGUGAAAAAGCCUGCUUCAGUUCUUUCGGGAGCAAAUUCAGUCCCCAUUGGAAAAUUCCAGGGCUCAUCUUCUGCUGCUUCAAUCCCUGCUCCUCGGACUGGCAGAAAAUCAGUCUUUGAUAUAUUAAAGUUUCCUCGAACCUUUGUUUUUGAUCGGAUUAUUUGGCCAAAUGUGGAUGAUCUUGCUGGCAAAAGUGCUUAUCGUUCUCUAGCAGUAAUUGGUCAAGAAUCGCCAGGGGAUCAAGAUACUUGCUUGGAUCUUCAGUUGGGAUUAUCUUCCUUGUCAAGAUCUUGUGCUCCUACUCUUUCAAAUUCAAAUUCUACUGAGGUGGUGAUCGCCUCCCAAGAUGACUCUUCGGCUGCCGAUACUGUUCACAGGGGAGGCUUUUUAACUGAAGCCGGUGGAAAUUCUCUAACUCAGUUGCACUCAGCAAACCCCGAUCCCACUUCUUGUCAUCCUAGUGCUACAUUGCUUUCGGCCAUGGCGUAUCAAAGGGCUGAUCCUCGCAUCUUUGUUCCUCAAGGGUUGGAGGCCAUGGAAGUCCAAGGGCGGCCACCCAUGGCAAGAGUGGUUUGCCUUCGACCGGGAGCCAAGAACAAUGAUCUGGCAAUAGUCACCAUCAAUCCUAUGCCAGAAGUGCAGGACUAUAGAGAAGAUGAAUAUGUGGUGAAUGCUAUUAGCUCAUUUGGAAGGGUGAUAAACUGGGUGGAUGAUCCUGACUAUAUUAACAGGCUUCUGAUUAGAGCUAGGGUCAGCGAUUUAGAGGCAGUGCCCAACUUUCUGGUUUGCACUGAGAGGGAGGACCACCAUGGUGAGUCCUGGAUAGUUCAGUGUGAAAUUCUCUCAGGUGAGCUGCUUGGUGGGCUUCUAGCUGAUGAGGACCCUGCUCUAGGGCCUGGUGAUAUCCCACCUAAUGGGCCAUUUGAUUUCUUUGGCUUUGUUAAUGAGUAUAAGGAGGAAGAAGAGGAGGCUAAUGAGCUCCUAAACAAUAUGAAUAACAUUGAAGAUGAAAAUGUUGUUCAGCAGCCGGUUGUUGAAGUGAACUUGCCAGUCCUGAACCAUCCCAUGGAAAAUUUUCUUGCAGAAGAGAUUGAUGAAGAUCAGUUGAUUGAUGUGGAAAUGGAGCAAACUAGAAUUGGUCUCGUUGUCCCUCCUGCAUGCCCUGAUAGGCUUACCAUCAACUGUCCUUACAUUACUCCAGAGGCUGGUGCAGAUGAGAAAGAUGACAACAUUGUUCCUCCAAGUAGUCCUGGUGAUAAGGGGUCAGUCUCUGACUCCUCCCUGAAGAAAAGGGCCAGAAAGAAGGCAGUGGUUGUAGAAAGUCAAGUAAGGAGAAGCCCCAGGUUCAAAGAACUGAAGAAGGGAUUCAAAAGCCCUCAGUGCAAGAAUAGAAGCUGUUUGGGAUGCAAUUCUGCUCCCCCCUCCCUGUCCACCAAAACCAUCAGAAAGAUUGGGACAGAAAUAUGCAACAUUGACCCAGCCAAGCUGACUGAUGAGGAGCUGACCAAGAAGAAGAAGAUGACUACUCCUGUGGGGAGAGGUCCCUCCCUUGACAAGGGAGAAUCUUCCAAUCAAUCUGCCAAUGAAGAAGGAUCCCCCAAGAUUUGA